CAACAGUAGAAGAUUAAAAACUUGGUCUCGGGCUUGUCCAAAAAAAUCAGAGAAAUUAAAGGUUAAAAAAAUUCAAUUAACCCCCAAAGUUUUGGAAACUAUCGAGUGGGUGAUUGAUUUUUUUGCUCAUAUAUGGUGGUAAUUUAUGUUUAGGUUUUUCGUAGGAAAAGCAGGGGAAGGCGACAUGGGAAGAAGCAGAACCUGGAUUUCGAGUAGAGAAGAAGAUGUGUAUGGACCUGUUAAAACCAUCGGGCCAAAACUCAAGAGACCGAGAAGGGUGAGUCCAAGUAGAAUCAACUUGAGAGAUGAAAUUCCUGAUAAAGAUGGGGGAAAUAUUCAACCAGGAGUGGCAGUUGGAGGGAGGGAUGAAAGAUCAUGUGAAGAAAUUGAAGUAGGAGUAGAAGAUAGAGGAAAGAGUGAAGAGUCGUGUGAAGAAAUUGAAGUAGAAGAUGACAGAACCGAAGAGGAAGAAGAAUACGAAGUUGAGGAAUCAUAUGAAGAAAUUGAAGAGGACGAUGAAGAAUGUGAAGAGGAGGACGAAGAGAAAGAGGAAGAUGAAGAUAUUGAAGGGAAAGAAAGUUAUGAAAUUGGAAGGAAUGAAGACUCAUGCGAAGAAAAUGAAGAGGCAGCUGCGGCUAAUAAUGGUGGCAAAGGAGGGAGUUCUGAUACGGCCAAACUUAGUGGAAAUGGCUCAAUUUCUGUGACUUUAACCGACCCGGAACUUCUUGAUUGUCCCGUUUGCUUUUUGCCAUUGACCGCUCCAGUCUUUCAGUGUCAACAGGGUCAUAUAGCUUGUGCUUACUGCUGCAGUGAUCUUAAGUAUAAAUGCCCCUCUUGCAAUUUCAAUAUUGGUUAUAUCCGUAACACAGCUAUUGAGAACAUUUUGAAGUCAACAAAAGUAGCAUGCCCAAAUGCCAGGUAUGGGUGCAAUGAAACAAUGAGUUACCCCGAACUAUAUGAGCAUGAAGAGAUUUGCAACCGAGCACGAUUUGUAUGCCCCUUUUCAGAUUGUGACUUCAUUGGUCCUUAUGGCCAUUUUCACCUGCAUUUUUUAGGUAAACAUUAUAAUUCAACAGUACAGUUCCGAUACAAUAAAGAUUUUCCCAUAACCAUUAAAAUUGAUCAAAAAGUUAUUAUUCUUCAAGAAGAGAGUUGCCGUGACAUAUAUAUUCUCUACAAUGCUACUGAGCACCCUGGGAAUCUUAUUUCAGUUAGUUGUUUUUCCCACUUCUGGAAUGGAGGUGCAACCUACAGUAUCAUGGUAAAAACAAGAAGAGCUCCUCUUAAAUUUGAUUCUUGCGCAAAGAACCUCCAAAACUUGGAUGAAGAAAAAACUUCAUUGGCAUCCCUUCUAGUUCCAUCAAAUUUGUUUGAUUUGAAGGGGCAGCUCAGUCUGUCGAUCCACAUAUCUGCGCCUUGAAUGUCUCUUCUAGUUCUUGAUACAGUCGUAAACUUACCUCUGUAAACAGACUUGGGUUGUUUUCUUCACUGUUUAUUGCUAUUAGAAUAGAAACAAAGCAUAUGACUAUUGUCUCUUGUACAUGUUACUUAGGAACCUUUUUGAAGCCUUUGUUUCUGCUAAAUAGCUUUUUUGUAUGAAGCCUGGGCAAAAUUUUGUUAUAUGGGCUGAUUCCAGACCCCAAUAUUAUUAUUAUUUAUUGGUGUACA